GUCAUAAAGAUGAGCAUUACUGUGGCCAGUGGCAAAACAUGGGGGUGGUCCAUGUAAGUUCAAAUGCAUCUCACCUUGUCACCAACCUUACCCUAGACAACCAGGCUGGAAGCAGCAAGGAUGUCACUCCAAAACACCCCAUGGCAAAAGACCUGCCUUCACAACCUUUGCCUCCUCUGAAUACUGCUGCCACUGGUUCAACAGUGCCAGCCUCCCCCACACAAUCUCCUUCAGACACUGUCCCUGUCCCUGUCCCCCAUCAGCAACAACACCCCAUUCCCAUACCUGCGAAUCACAUGGAGGAGAUCAAAACCAGCACAAGGUCAAGAAUGCAAUGCAUGGUGCUAACGUUAAAUGGGAUGCCCUCCAAUGAUGAGAACAUUCAAAUGGCGCACAAUGCAAUAUUGCAAGCCAUGCAGAUCUUUCCCCACCAGGCAAUUACUAUCUCCCCGGAGAGGAGACGUUCAUCAGUUCACUCACAAAAAUCACUAACACCAUCUGCUCUUCAUUCAAACAUGUCGCACAUGUUGUCAUGCAACACAAAUACAAUCUUGAGCUUGAUAUUCAUGACCCAUCAUUGGAAAUCACGCACAAGCUACAAGUGGUGCCUAUGCUCCUCUCAAACCUCUAAUAUACUUGAUGGUAAUUUACAAUCCAUUGUUGUGCUCGAGCACGAGGUGCUUGUUUCAGUCGUGAUGGAGGUCUUAUGGACCAAGGGCUUUUAUGAAGACAUCGACUUCAAAGAUCCUGAAGCUCUCAACAGCAUUAUUGCUCUUGGUGGCACAAUAAUUUGGUCAGCAAUCAAGGAGUAUGAGACUGGCAUGUUCAAACAUGUUGAUUUUUCUACAGCAAAGUCAAAGGACAUUUAUCACAACAUCCUCACACACAUUCACAACAAAAUUGACCCUUACCCCAAGCUCACAGCACAUUUCAAGGCACUUAAGACGAGGAUGAGUGUAUGCAGAAAGGAGAGGUUAGGGCUGUGA